UCGUAACCCCCUUGAACCUAGCGACAGAUAGGAGACGCAUCUUCAAACGUCUCGGCGGCUUGCUUCCCCGGCGGCUUGAUUUGAGUAAAAACGCUAUACGCGGCGUCUCGUAGCCAGUUUACUUACGCACCGCUCAUACGUAAAGCAUUCAAAUCGUGCGUAGUGGCUGUCAGAAUGUAAAGUAAGAGACGUUUCGCUUCAGCAAUUUGACCUGGCACUCCUAUACCAGUGGUGAGUUCGCCAUUUAAGCGGUUGACACGUGGAGAGUACUCAGCCAGAUAUACCAACCAUGAACUUCCUACCCAUACUGAUGGCCAUGUACGGAAUGAGAACACCAAAAGAAGAUGAUGACUUCGAGCUGACGGGCCGCAGUGGCGUGCCGAUGGCCGCAGUGCCACGCAGUUACGAACUGCGCUCCAACGUCGUGCUGGACGACUCGGCUUACAUGUACGACGAGCUGAGCAAGGAAGACUUCGGAGACAUUGCGCUUUCCGUAAAGCGUACGCAGGAGGCGCCUUACUACAGCCACUCCGAAGCCACGAAUAGCCUAUCCUUUCCGGAUCUGCCAGGGCAUUUCGACAUUUCCGGAAACCUCAAGUACUUCGUGCCCCAGGGUCCGCACAAGGUGAAGCCCCGGUUCCUGCUGCACUCAAACAAGGCCAACAAUCCCGACAAGCUCCUCUUCGAGACCGGCUUGGAUCGGAUUGGCUUCAGUGACAUGGCGUCCCUGAUCGAUGCAGGCCAGAAGCUGUACAUAAUCGUGCACGGAUUUCUGAGCAGUGCCAAGACGGAGUGGAUGCAGGAAAUGAAGGACGAGAUACUGGACAAGGAAAACGCCUCCGUGGUGCUCGUGGACUGGAGCAAGGGGUGCGGCUCGGUUCUGGGCUACAGCACGGCGGCGGCCAACACCCGCACCGUUGCCCGCACGCUGGCGCUGCUCGUCAAGACACUGGUGGACGCCGGCGCGGUGGCGCUCGAGCGCGUCCACUACAUCGGCCACAGCCUGGGCGCCCAGACGGGAGGCUUCUUCGGCAAGGACGUCAAGCAACUCACGGGACGGCUCGUCGGACGCAUCACCGGUCUGGAUCCGGCGGGUCCGUUGUUCGAGUCGUACGGCGUCCAUCUGACCGCCGACGACGCCGACUUUGUGGACGUGCUUCAUACGAGCGUGGGCACCGGAUGGACGGACGUCGUCCAGGGCAGGUUGGGCAUGUUCAAGAGCUGCGGCCACGUGGACUUCUACCCAAACGGUGGCAAACAGCAACCCGGCUGCUGGAAAUUCAGUCCCUGCUCGCACUCGAAGGCGACCGAGUACUACGCCGACUCGGUGCGCCUGUGCAACUUCCCGACGCGCUCGUGCAAGAGCUACGACGACUUCCUGGCCGGCACGUGCGCGUCCAGCUGCGCGGACGGCCGCACCUGCGGCCACAUGGGACAUCCGGCCAGCUUGCCCCUGACGGGCAACCACUUCACGAAGACCUCGAAGGAGCAGUGCGCGUUCAAGCCCAGGCGCAUCCAAGCGCGCACGCAGGUCUUGAUGCGGUCGAUGGACCCGGACGAGAUGCUGAUCAACUCGCUGGGACGUUCGGCGAAGAUCCUGCUCGAAGAGGCCGAGCCCCGGGAACGCAGGGAACUCCUGGACGCGCUCAGAGAGGAGAUGGCUGUGCGGACGGGUCAGCGGUCCGGGUACAUGGAUCAACCUUUAAAUUAACCGCCAGAUCGGUAUAUAGUGGUAAAUUAGAGCGCGUGAACAGGCAAGAAACGAUAUACAGAGUUACACAGACGAGCACUCACCUCUAUACUGAAGUUUCACAGAAGCCAGCUUUUAUCCUACACCGAACACAGAAACGCAUGCGUGAGAAACUACAAUCUAAGAAAACAAACAGAAGGAAAACUAUCACCCCAGAGUUGAAAAACACAAACAAAAACGAAAAACGCAAUAAAACCCCCACGUGUCUGCCUCCUA